UUGUUGACUAGGUAAAACAACCCAAAAAUAUGUUGAAAAUUGGAAAAAAGAAAAAAAUAAAAAAAACUUUAUUUAUAUUUAUAUUUACAGUAAUUUAAUUUGUGUAUAAGUGUUGGUAUUUUAGUAAGCGUCCCCCUCACAAGAAUCCCAACGGACAACAACUUUCUCUCUCUUAUUUCUCUCUCUAGAAUCCUACUUUCAUCCAACUUUCUCUCUCUUCUCCUUCUUCAACCCCAAUUCGGAUUAUUUUCUGGGUUUUUCUUAUAUAAUUUUUUCAUAAAUUCCCCUCUAUUUUAAAUAAUGUGGGAAUUAAUUUUCGAGAACAAUUCGAUUAUUUUUCUGGGUUGUUCUUGUAGCUGCUGCUCUUGAUAAUUUCCCUUUUUUUUUUUUCCUUCUGCAAAUUCUUUCUAGGUAAUUUUCUAAUCAAUAAAAUUUAAUAAUUAAAUAAAUUUCUUGAAGAAUGAGCGUAAUAUUGUGGGAAAAGCAGCAGAAAAAGGAGAAGAAAAAGAAGGUUGAAGAUGGCGGCAAAAAUGGAGGAGAGAGAAUAGAAGAUGAUGAUGUUCUAAUUCCUCCUGCCAAUUUUUCAAUGGUAGAAGAUGGGCUUUACAGAUCUGGGUUUCCAGAACCUUCAAAUUUCGGCUUCCUCGAAACCCUAAGUCUCAAGUCAAUCAUAUAUUUGUGUACCGAGCCAUACCCUGAAGAGCAUUUGAAGUUUCUUGAAUCGCAUAAUAUUCGAUUGUAUCAAUUCGGAAUUGAGGGGACUAAGGAGACUAUCCCUGAGGAUGUCAUCUAUGAGGCUCUUAGGAUUUUGAUAGAUGUAAGAAAUUAUCCCAUUCUGAUUCAUUGCAAACGUGGAAAGCAUCGCACUGGUUGCCUCGUUGGCUGUCUUAGGAAAUUGCAGAACUGGUGUUUGCCCUCAGUUUUUGAGGAAUACCAACGCUUUGCAGGCGCCAAAGCCAGGACAAAUGACAUGAGCUUCAUGGAGAAAUAUGAUGUUUUGCGCAUUAGACAGUCCCUUUACAGCCUCAUCUACCAAUAUCAUGGCUAUGGCUCUAAUAAGAGGCGUUUGCUGGACCGAGAAGACAGCAUGCCAACAGCCCGGAUCAAUGUUAGCUAAGCCAGAGUGCAGGAACAACUUUUGCUUUUGGAAUCAACUGUCCUAUCUUCCAAAGGAGAGAUGCACCCAAAAUUUUAAAGGAUCAUAUCUAUAUUUCUGUGGGUGCUGAUUUCUUCCAAAUUCCUCCCCUAGAGGUAAGAGCUAUUGAAAAACAAAGGCAUAUGAUUUGAGCGUGGAUGUUAUAAUAUAGAAUUCUUUAGUGUUAGUCAAAAAUCUAUCAUAUAAAACAUUUGGAAUAAUAGUACAUUACAUUGUGAAAUUUAUGACAUAGAUGUGAUUAUGUGAAAACACACUAUUUAUGUAAUUAUUCGGUAGAGAUCAAUAUUAUUAUUAUGAUAUGCAUACUAUACUCGUCAACAGUUUGGUUUUGGAGGAAAAUGAUUUUGACAUUCAUUUUUACAAUAAUGA